AUGGCCGCCGCGGAUCUAGGAGCCGUGGAGUGGGAGAGGUCCAAGGUCACGAACCAGGACCUGAAUCUCCUGAAGAAGCUGGGGAUCACCAAGAAACCCAAAGCGCCUAUGAUAAAGGAUCUUCUUCGCAUCGGUACCCAAUUUGUCGGGUACCGUGAAUAUGCUAGUAAAGCUGAAGAAAAACUAGCGGAAGCCAAUGAACGUGCCAACACACUUGCUCAACAAUUAGAGCAAAGUGAAAAGGCUCGCAAAAAGGCUGAGUCGGAUGCUGUUGGCGCUCGAGCAGAGGCUGAUAAGGCCAAGGCUGAUGCUGCUGGUGCCGAAGAUCUCCGGAAGAAACUUCACAAUGCCGAAACUUCGCUGAGUGAACAUAUAACUGCUCAAUCUGCUCGCGAAGAAGCCAUCCUUAAGCGCAUAAGGACCCAAAAUCGUCGCUUUGUCACUAGAACGGCUCAAGAAUAUGAGCUUGAGGAUCCCGAUAAUGAUCCUCUGCUUGACGCCGUUUCAUUCCUCGAGUUUCACGGGACGGAAGCACGUGAAGGUAUCGACGAAGCUAAAGCAGGACUGUUGCGGCUCUUCCCCUAUUUCUUCCCAAAGAAAGAGGCACCCGCAACUUUCCUUAAGCUAGCCAAGUGCUUUAAUCCUCCCGAAGAUCUUGGGCUGAAGAUGCGCCAUGAAAACCAGAAGGUUGCUGUUGAGAGCACUGUUGCCCUGGUUGCUGACAGUCAACAAACUAUUGACUGGACCAAAGUUGGCGACACGGAUCAAAUUGAGCAACUCAAGUGGCGAUCCUUGGUCAAGGCGGCGAAACCCAACACGAAGAAAAUCCUGGCGUAUCUUGGGGUCAAGCCAGCUUCGACUCCUAGUUCAUCGAGGCCGGAGGUCUAGUUGCAUGCCUCUGUCUUUUCUAUUUUUUUGCUUUCUUUACUUCUUUUGCUAUUGUCGUCACUGUAGCCUUGGCGACAAUUACCCUGCUAGUCCCUUAGGAGAACUUCUUUUGUAAUGACGGUGUAAACUUUUUAGAAGUAAUGAAAUUCCUCUUGGUGCUGUCAUUGAUCCAAAGAUUUUAUUUUCCAGUUAAUAUUUGACAAUUAUUCGACCAAUCCUUGCUCUCCCAAUGCUGCUCCUGCAUCUUCCUUGUCGAAGAAAGUAGAAACCGAUGACAAUUUCCGUGAAGGUCCCUCAAGCACACCUUUGUCGGAAGAUUUGCAAGAACUUCGACAGCAACUUCAGUUCACGAAGAAACAAUCGCUUAAACUCAUGGAACAAUCUCGAGAGUCUUCUGAAAGAGAAAAAACUGCACUCCAUCAAGCUCAAACUGCCUUUGCUGAAAAGGACUCUGCUGUUGCUGAAGCUGCUGCUGCUGUGUCUCGGGAAAAUUCCAUGCUCCAGCUGCUAAUAGAUGCUAGCUUGGAUAUGGCGGGUGCUUUUUUGGAUACUGCUACUGAAGAUGAACGUGUCGAGGCUCGUUCCAAUGUUCUUCUUCGGCUUGCCCGUGAACAUGGGUCGACUUUUUGGGGCACGCCUGAACGGACUCGCCAAAUCGUGAGAUUUCAAGAUCGCGCGCUUCAGGUUCGCGGGUAUCUUGACUUCUGUACCAAGACCCUCUCAAUGGUUUAUAACUCUAUGUUUCCUCGGAACAUUCAACCAAAAACUCUUCCCGAGUUAAUGGAGAAAUUUAAGGAUGCCCACAGGAUCCAUCACUUUGUCAGAGCUCAACUGGUGGCCGGCGCCAGAUUUGCCCUUAUAAUGCUUCAGAUCUGCCACUCAAAGCUUGAUCUGACCCAAGUUGUUGAGAAAGUUCACGAGAAGGUACGGCGCCGAAGAGUUGGUGUCGAUCGUAUUAACACGAAGGUUUCACCUAUAGCUGAAGAAAUGAUUGAAGACCUUCUUCGGAUGGAUGCCGACUUUUUUGCAGAUGGUCAUUAUGCUGAUUUUCUUGGCGCUGCUCCUGAAGAGAACAGAGUGACCCUUGAUGAUAUAUUGAAUCAAGACUAAAUAUUUUCCUUUGGUAGAUAAUUCUCCUUUGUAAAUCAUGAUUAUGAUUCUAAUGUGAAGCAAACAGCAUAUUUCUAUAUUUGUCUGGCCCCCGAGUAUUUUCGGUGGCUAUUCGCUGUAUUUGUAUAAUGCGAGGUUUUUAAACCAAGGCAAGAUAAUA